AUGCUUAAGGUCGAACCUUUGGCCUCGCAUCCCGCUUUCUCUUCGAACAAGACAGGAGCUAGUGGAAAGGACAAAUCCAGCAACGCUGAGCGUUUGUUCGCCUUUCUGCGUAUCACGGACAUCAACGUGCAUAAGGACCAAGAAAAAAACACGAGGCAUGGAGGGAACUCACUAGCUGGUCUCUUCGUGAUCGGAAGUAAGCUGGGCCAUUCAUGUGCAGCAAAUUGUUAUGAUUUCGUCUACAUUUUCAGUCUAUACUUAGUAUCAAAAUUUUUUCUUGUCCUCGCGCCUCUAAUGCCUCACCUGGACCUUCACGCCUCAGCGCCGUUUACGAUAUGUCGCUGUUCGACCUAUUCUUAAAGGUGAGAUGCUAACUUUCUCCUACUUCGGGGAUGGCCUCAAUGUUUGUGGUGGAACGAUGGAGCGUCGCCUAGAACUGCGAAAACUUCAAUUCCUUUGUGCGUGUUUUAGAUGCAUGCAAGGUUUGGACUUCUCUCGUGGCGUGAAGUGCUCGAAGUGUGGCAGUGAGCGUGCGUUUCUGGUAAGUCGGAGGAAAAAGCCAUUGUCAAAAGAAGACUUGGCCAAAUGCGGUAAACGGAAUGAUGAGAGAGAUGAUGAGGCACAAUUCCCAUUCUUGGAAGCGCAGAUGGACGAUGUGCCUGGUACUUCGCACUACAGUUUUAUCUCCCUUUUUCUGAAAAUUUGAUUGCUUUCCAUUAUACAUAGAUUCAUUUUUGGACCCUACACAGGUAGUACAGGUGAGACUUUCCAGAGGAGCAUCUUACAACUUAGACUUACGAGAAAGACUUCCACCGCGUCUGUUACUGUUUUCAGAAGUCCACUUCCAACAACAACAACAACAACAACUUUUGCCACCAGAUCUCGCAGACACGGACUUUUAUUGUGGCAUGAAGUUUGGACCAGACACAGUGACAAAAAAGUCCGCCUCUUCCGCAACAGAAACCACGAGCGAAGGAGUCUCAGACUCAGUCGUCGAUGUCUACUUUUGCACGUCCUGUGGGUACAAAGAGCAACAAUUGACACAAGAACUGAAGAAAAAAGAAGACUUUCUGAUAAAGUCAGUUCCUAGCUUGCUAGAUCACAAUUCGCCGAAAGGAACAUUGCCGGAAAUAGUAGAAGAACUGGAACGAAAGGAGGCGUAUUUGGGAGAAUUGGAUUAUGGUGAUCUUCAUUGCUUUUCUUGACAGAUUCAACUAGUUGUUUUAGCCUCGAAUCCUGCUUGUGUAAGUAUGAUUUUAGCCUCGAAUCCUUGUGUAUGAUCUUAAACCGUGUCGUGCCUAAGUACUCCCGUGGGCAACUACCCUACAACUACAGCAUCAUCCUCUAACUCCCGCAGUCCUUCGGCCGUUUCCAUUACGCUUGGGCUCUCGGCUGUUUCGCGUGGCUCCAAAGCGUCCUAGCUUUGGUGAUGCGAGUAAAUCGCGUAGAUUUGGACAUCGCAUUAGUAGUCAGCAGAUGCGUCGCUCUAGAGGAGGUGUCUCGCGUUUGCUUCCGUGACUGUUGGGUGCAGCGACUGAGAUUACUGGGUCUAGUAGCGCACGUGCAGAAAACACUGAAGCUUUUUCCAGCACAGCACGGUGGAGGCUCGUCUUCAUCUUCGUCAGGUGUUCAGCAAUUGAGCCCUCUGCCGAACCUGAACCCUCUAGGCUGCAAAGAAGGCGCAAACGUGGUAAAACGGCUGCUGCGACAUGCAGAUAAGUUUGAGCAUUUGAACAUUUUCCAGUACGACGUAGAGGAAGACGAUAGAAUGGCGCAAGGACCGUUGCAGAGAAUAUCCUAUUCGAAACCGGCAAUUGAGAGUAUAUCAAGUGAACUGCUGGAAGGAGAUUGGCGGCCAGUGGUUUUGGCUGGAGCUUGAUGUGCUUUUGGUUGGAGUUUGAUUUUAUUCGAUUGUGGGAAUCAAUUCAUCUGACGUCGUGUAGAUGUGUUUCAUGUUGAUGGAGAUGAUGUCGCUGCUGAAGUAGUGAUUUCUUUAGUUUCGUCUCGCGCGACACCAAGAUGAAGUAGCUGUAGAAGAAUUUUUGAUACGCAACGCCGCUCAAAAAUCGUAGCCGUGUGUUGUACUUGUAGAGUUGUAGACUGCUCACUUUCGGG